AUAAUAGUCUAUAUAAUUUAUACGAAUAUUUAAUUUUUGAUUUAUGAGUAUAAUAUAUACAUACGUAUUUAUAUGUGAUCUAAGCCUGCCAAGACUAACGUCUGACUUAAUCCAACUAAAUUUGAGUUUUGACGAUGGUUUCAUAAAAACUGGUUUAUGAAUUAUUAAGUUUGCUAAAAAUAAUAUUGUUYUAUGCGUUUUCAUUAAACCUUAGUAGAAUCGUAUUAUUUAAAUAUAAAUGUGAUUCCAAUAUUUCAUUAAAAUAUAUUAUUACAGUCAUUAAUAUGGAUGUUGAUGAUAAUGAUUCAUUUGAAGAGAAGUAUUUAUUAGUCGCUAAAGCUGACAAUGUCAAACACAUUUCGUCUUUGUUGAGGGCUGUUAAUUUUAAAGACGUUGGUGUGUGUUUUGCAACCGAACAUGGUUUGAAAAUUGUGGUAGAAGAUUCCAAAUGUGUACAAGCAAACACGUUUAUUGGCAGUGAAAUAUUUCAAGAAUAUCACCUUAAUGAUGAUACGGUUGCCUUUCGUGUUGAUCUCAAUACUUUAAUUGAAUGUCUAACAAUCUUUGAUGGGUGUUCAACUAAUCCUAGUUCCACAACUGCUUUAAAGUUGACAUACAAAGAAUAUGGUUCUCCAGUGAAAUUAUUGUUAGAAGAAGGUGGAAUCAUUACCGACUGUUCGUUGAGAACAAUGGAAGUGUUUGAUAUUUUAGACUUUAGUAUACCAGCAGAAUCGACUACCAGUAAAAUUAUAUUAAGGUCCUCAGAUUUUAAAGACAUUCUUAGUGAUAUAGAUAGCACAUCUGAUUACGUUGAAUUUACAUUUUCUGAAGAGCCGCAGUUUUUUAAAAUUUUAACUUCUGGAAUUGCAGGAAAAUGUAGUGUUGAGAUACCAUCUAAAAGUGAAAUAAUGGAGCAGUUUGUUUGCAACACGUCAAUUACUGUCAAAUAUAAAUAUAAACAGAUUAAACCUUUUUUAAAAUGUAUGAACAUAUCACAAAAGACAUUGAUACGAACAAAUGAGGAAGGACUGUUGUGUUGUCAAUUCAUGGUGCAAGUGGACAGCCAUACUUGUUAUUUAGAAUAUUUUUGCACACCAAUUGUAGAUGAAGACUGAUGCAUAAACUUUAGAUACGAAACAUAUUUUGUUAUUUCAUAACUCACUACUAUUGAUUGUUACUUAAUUUUAUUAAAUAUAUUACAACUUAAAAUCUAAAAACUAAUGAAAAAUUGAAUUUAGUUAUACAGRAUGAUUCAUUUAUGUGGCUAUUUAUCUUGAAAAUAAUUUUUUUUUUUUUAACUUUUUAAUUUAUUUUCACCCUAAUAUUUAUUGGUGAGAUUACUAUCAACUUCUCAUUUUCAAAUGGUAACAUAAUGUCAUGAAUUAAUAAAACCAUUUUUUUUAUAAAAUUUUUAAAAUUUUUAUAUUUCGCUGAUUGGUUUGUGAGAUACAGCUCAUUUAAGGUUUGGUAUUUUUUUACUAUUUUUCCAAUAAUUGCAAAGACCAAGAGCUAGUGAUGAAUUCGAUAUCAUUGAAUCCAAGGUAACAAAAUAAAUCCAAUUAGUCAAUGAGUAACUAAAAAAGUACAAUAGUAAUUUUUAAUUAAUUGUUAUUUAUUUUGUUGUCUUGGAUCAGUGAUAUCAAAUUUAUCAAGAGCUCCUGGUCWUUACAAAUAUUGGAAAAAUAGUAAAAACCACCAAACUUUAAGGUGCUGUAUGUCACAAACCUKAAACCAAUCAACGAAAAAUAAAAUGUUAACAGUUAAAUUUAUGAAAAAAAAAUGGUUUUAUUAAUUCAUGACAUUU